GUAACCAUGUAAUCAUGAAGGAGAAAAUAUUAGGUAUAGGUCUGAGACACAAAAUGUGACAAUAAAAGUAACAAGAAAUGUGUCCAGCUAAGUGAGGGAAUUAUUACAAAAAUACAGCGGGUAGGUGUGGAAUUGUAUUUUGGCUCGUAUUUCACCCCUAACCGAGUAGGAGAUGGUACGUUCCAACGUCAUCGCCCGGUAAUCAUCACAACAGCGCGCAGGCAAACAACACAAAAGGUGCACCGAAGUUUGAGAGAAUGGGCAGGGAUGUCGAAAAGGAUGAGAGAAACUCGAAAAGAAGUUAGAAAAGAUUGUUAGAGCGACUGAAUGCUGGACUCGGCGGUGAUGGGGCACGUCUCAGACCAAAUGAGAAAAGUUAAAAGUUGCCAAUGUACCAACCAGCUAGCUAAGCUAAGCUAAGCAACUAACUAACUACGUAGCUCGUUAGCUAACCAAAACAAAGCACAGGAAUGAGGUCACCGUUCUUCUCUUCUCUCUGACUAUUGUCUGUCCCUCGUUAAGUUAUGCAAACUGAGAGCCUGAAACAAGAGGAAGACUUCUGGGUGAGACUCGGCUAGCGAGUUUAACGUCGUUUAAACUGCACACAACGAGACCACAAACAUCACGCGCAGGCUAGCUAGCUAGCUAAAUAAAUAAAUCAGUAAAUGCCAUGUCUGACCCAAGUUGCUGGGGUGCAGCUGCGAACAGCAAAGCUCAUUUUGUGACUGGAGUGAUGCUUAAGCGAUCCAAAAGUUGCCGCAGCAGCAGGAAGAACCUUGGGGUUGGUACGCCUUCACCGACGCGCCCACUCUCACCCAUGUCAGUCCACACAGCUGCCAGCAGUCCUUUAGAUAGCCCAAGAAAUGUGUCGGCCAUCGCCUCCCUCAACUUCCCUUUUGCUCGCAGCCACCUGGCACGAACUGACAGGGCGGAAGGUAGGAGGUGGUCACUGGCUUCACUUCCAUCAUCUGGGUAUGGCACUAAUCCACCCAGCUCCACGGUCUCUUCCUCCUCCUCUUCCCAAGAACGCUUGCACCAGCUUCCAUACCAGCCCACGCAAGACGAGCUCCACUUCCUGUUCAGACACUUCCGUAGCUCAGAGAGCAUGACGGAUGAGGAUGGCCGAAGCUCAUCUCUCAUGCGCCCUCGUUCCCGUAGUCUUAGUCCUGGACGAACAAGUGGGUCCUUUGACAAUGAAACUGUGAUGAUGAACCAUGUUUACAAGGAAAGGUUUCCUAAGGCGACGGCGCAGAUGGAGGAGCGCUUGCUGGACAUCAUCACACACUGUUCUGCCGACAGCACUUUACCUCUAGGAGAUGGGGUGCUGGGUUUUAUCCAGCACCAGCUGGUGGAACUUGCCAGGGACUGUCUGGACAAGUCCCAGAAAGGCCUGAUCACUUCCCUCUACUUUCUAGAGCUGCAGGAGAAUCUUGACAAGCUGCUGCAUGAGGCUCUGGAACGUUCUGAGAGUGAGGAGGUCACAGUCAUCACCCAGCUGGUAAAGAAGAUUUACAUCAUCAUAUCGCGCCCCGCAAGACUGUUGGAAUGUCUGGAGUUCAACCCUGAAGAAUUCUAUCACUUGCUGGAGGCAGCAGAGGGUCAUGCUAAAGUUGGCCAAGGCAUCAAAACAGACAUUCCCCGUUACAUCAUCAGUCAGCUGGGCCUGAAUCGAGAUCCCUUGGAUGAAGUCAGUCAGCUAGAAGAACACUAUGAUUCUGGGCCCUCCCUUAACGUGGACACCGAGGAGUCUGAUCAGAAUAAGUCUGUGCUCACGCCACCCCGAAGAAAACCACUGGAGAGUGACUUUGAAACUAUAAAGCUGAUCAGUAAUGGAGCAUAUGGAGCUGUGUACCUGGUGAGGCACAAAGAAACUCGCCAACGGUUUGCAAUGAAAAAGAUCAACCGGCAGAACCUGAUCCUAAGGAACCAGAUCCAGCAGGUGUUUGUAGAGCGGGACAUCCUGACGUUUGCAGAGAACCCUUUUGUCGUCAGUAUGUUCUGCUCAUUUGAGACCCGCAGGCACCUUUGCAUGGUCAUGGAGUAUGUGGAAGGUGGUGAUUGUGCAAAUCUGCUCAAAAACAUGGGCCCACUGCCUGUCGAUAUGACCAGAUUGUACUUUGCUGAGACCGUCCUAGCUUUGGAAUACCUGCACAGCUAUGGCAUAGUACACAGAGACCUCAAACCUGACAACUUGUUGAUAACCUCAAUGGGGCACAUUAAGCUGACAGAUUUUGGCCUCUCCAAGAUCGGUCUGAUGAACAUGACGACAAAUCUCUACGAAGGCCAUAUUGAGAAGGACACUAGAGAAUUCAUCGACAAGCAGGUUUGUGGCACACCUGAGUACAUUGCACCAGAGGUUAUUCUCCGGCAGGGUUACGGCAAGCCUGUAGACUGGUGGGCUAUGGGAGUCAUCCUUUAUGAGUUUCUCGUGGGCUGUGUGCCCUUUUUUGGUGAUACGCCAGAAGAACUUUUUGGUCAAGUCGUUAGCGAUGAUAUAAUCUGGCCAGACGGGGAUGAGGCUUUGCCAGUGGAUGCCCAGGACUUGAUAACACGGUUACUGAGACAGAGUCCUAUUGAAAGACUUGGGACAGGUGGAGCAACCGAGGUUAAACAGCACACGUUCUUCACUGGCUUGGACUGGAACGGUAUGCUUCGCCAGAAAGCUGAAUUUAUCCCCCAGUUGGAAGGAGAUGAUGACACCAGUUAUUUUGACACUCGAUCAGAUCGCUAUCAUCAUUUGGUUUCUGACGAAGACGAUGAAACAAACGACGACGAGUCGUCUUUGGAAAUUCGCCGGUUUUCCUCAUGGUCCAAUCGUUUCAGCAAGGUCUAUAGCAGCACAGAGUAUCUGGCCACUCCGUCCAAUCUGAGCUUCUCAUCUGAUCGAAGUCACAGUGAAGAGCAUGAGGACCGUUCAGAAGGCAGAGAGAGCCACUCGCCUGGAGAGAUGCACAGACAGAGCAGCACAGGAGCCCCGGAUAACAGGAGACUCUCAGGACAGCGACCAUGCCUGCGACCGAGAGCCUCAUCCAGCUCCUCCCAGCCAGACAGAUGUAUAAGCCCUCUGGUGGCAAGCAGUACACACAGCCUGGAAGCCAUGCCACGUGUUGCUCUCUCCACUGAUGAUGAAGCUGAGGCGGUUGUAUCCAACCUGCGACGAAUCAGGCUGCGUAGCAACAGCACAGGAACAAAGCACUCAUCUCCAAGGGAACAUAGCAGUCCACGAUGUUUUGGCAACCAGCUUGAAACCCCUGACAGACAGCAUCUCUGUCCAGGGGGCAAAGUGCCGAAAUCUGCCUCUGUGUCAACACUGUCCCUUAUCAUAACUCCAGAUGACAUGAGUGGAGGUCUUCAAGCCAGCCCCAUUUCCCCACACUCCAUUUCAUCCAAUCCCUCAUCCCGAGAUUCCUCCCCAAAUCGUGAUUUGUCCCUCAGCAUCAGCUGCCUGCGGCCUCCCAUCUUUAUUCAUAGCUCAGGCAAGAAGUACGGUUUCACCCUACAGACCAUCCGCGUCUACAUCGGAAAUAGUGACGUAUACACCAUCCAUCACAUGGUCUCGAGUGUCGAAGAAGGCAGUCCUGCACAUGAGGCUGGUCUAAGAGCAGGAGAUCUGAUCACACACGUGAAUGGAGAGUCAGUGCAAGGAUUGGUGCACACAGAGAUGAUUGAGCUGCUCCUUAAGAGCGGUAACAAGGUGGCCUUGCAGACCAUUGCCUUAGAGGACACAACAAUAAAAAUCGGACCUGCACGGAAAACAAGCUACAAGGGAAAGAUGGCCCGGCGCAGCAAGAGGAGCAGGAGGAAGGACAACCAGGAUCGAAGGCGUAGCGUCCUGAAGAAACUUUCUAAGCAGAGCACGGUAAUGCACAGCAGUCGCAGCUUCUCCUCUGGCCUCCAUCACUCUGUUUCCUCCAGUGAGAGUUUGCCUGGCUCCCCCACACACAGCCUGUCACCAGGACCCUCCACACCAUGUCGCAGCCCAGUUCCAGACCACACUGCUGACAUAAACUUUUCCCAAAGUGGCUCUCCGUGCUCCAGCUCACCAAGUUCUCCAGCUGUUCAAAUGCGGCCCAGCUCCUUACAUGGCCUUGGUUCCAAACUUGGUGCCCAGCGUUACGCAAAGGUCGGCCGGCGCAAGUCAACUAGCAGCAUCCCCCCAUCACCGUUGGCCUGCACUUCCUCCCCCCAGGCCCUGUCUCCACAGCACUCCUCUUCUCCCUUACCCAGCAUCACCAAGACCCUGCAUUCCUACCAUGGUAAAACACUGUCUCCUCCCACUAUUGUUCGUCAUGGAGUUCGUCCUCGUAGCACAGAGAUUCCUGUCUCACCCCUGCUGAAGAGAGUCCAGUCAGCUGAAAAGCUCUCUGGUGUCUUCCACGGAGAAAAAAAAACCCAUGGUCCACGGCGGCACACACUAGAGGUUCCUCACUGUGAGUUGGACUUGGGUGGGGAUACAGAGAUAGAGUCUCAGUAUGGUUCAGACCACGGCAGACUUGGGGGAUUUGCUGCCGGCCAGAUUGUAGUGAUGCGGAAGUUGAAUUUGUCUGAGCGCCGUGACUCCUUCAAAAAGCAGGAGGCGGUACAGGAAGUAAGUUUCGAUGAGCCAGACGAAAGAGCCGGGCAGACUCCAGCCACACCAAGCAUGCCAGUUGAUGCUCGGUCCAAGCACAAAGCUGAGUGGGUCAUGCCAAAUGCACAGCCCAGGGAGGAGUGUGUGGUCAGGAGGGUCCCUCUGGUUCCCCAGAUCGCUGUACAGGGCUCAGAGAGUGAGGAACUCGAGGACUGGCAGCCAUGUUCUGACGAGGAGGCAGACGGGAAAAACACAAGUGGGAGUUUGGACUCGCACCCAGAAGACAAGGGAAGACCAGAGAGUGCAAGUUCUUCCAGCAUUUCAUCAGAUGGUUCAUCAGCGGUGUCUAAGAGCAAAGGCCAUAAUUCUGACACGGAAGAAAUCUCAAGCAUGAGUCCAAGGAAGGGAAAACUCAGAGGAAAAUGAAAUGUUGAUGCCAUUUUAAUAUUCCAUACGCGAGUCGACUAGGAAUUUAUCUGUACUUCUCUCUCAGCGCUCCUGCUGAACGAGCGAUUGGGUCGGAAUGCCACUUAAUUUCUUGUAAAUUAAAUUUAAAAUGAAUUAAGCUAGAUUUUUACAGGGGAAUAUUUAUAUAUUUUUUAACGCAUUGGAAUUCUAACGAUGGUGGAAAAGAAACCUGAUGGUAACCAGCUGGGGUUUUGAACCAUCAAAUGGGGUAUGACUUGACAUUUUUAUGAAAAAUGUAUUUUCAGGCAGAUUGUUUGUACAUCAAGUGUAGCUAACAUGGUGAAUUUAACACAAAAGACUAGGUGUGAGGCGAAGUAUCAUGUGCUUUAAGUGAGGGCUAAACAUACAAACAUGCAUUUAGUUGGUCAUACGAUUUUUAGCUUUCAGUAUUUUUGGCUUAUUGAACGCCUCUGUCUAGUCCAGUUCUCACAGAUUCAUACACAAAUCUUGUUAGGUUCAGUGUAGGUUUUCUUGGUGAUCCACUGUAUAUCGCACCAUCCAUCCCCAUUUUGGUUCCGUAGGCAAAGGGUAUUUUGGCUCAGGGCUUUUGGUUAUAGAAGUUUCACAGUUCACUUGUUGUUCAUUAGCAGCAGAUGUAGUUUUUUAUGUUCGUACAAAUUCGAUUGCUAGAUAUUGUGGUGCCUCAAAGUUAACAUAUAGAUAGUAGUGACGAUUUUUAAUCGUUUGACUUCGUUUUUAUGUUGAGUAGACUUGAUUUCUACUGAAUAUUCUAUGCUAGCUGGAAAACUGCAGAGCAAUUUAAAAGGCAAACUUGAACAGGUUCUCUGCUUCAAACUGCACUUCCAGUAGGGCUCUCAAAGCUUUUCUCCGUUUCAUAAAAAACAAUGUUUUAUUUCUGUAGACAUCUCAUCCCUUAAAAGGGUUUUUAAAAAGAAAAGCUUUCAGUGAGUAUAAAUCUUUCAGACAUACUUGCAAUGUAUAUUUAUUAAACCUUAUUUAAGACAUCCUGUCGAAUUCCCUUAAAAUCAGUUUUACAGGACUUCCCUUUCGUUUUUGUUUUUCAAAUGAACUUUGUGCUUGAUAUGCAUGUGAUUAUAAUGUGGUUUCUAAACCAUAUUGUUUUCCAUAUGUAUUCUGUAGCUUGUUUAUCUAACUACCUAUUGUAUAGGGAGAAUGUUUACAUUUUUUUUUUCCAUUUACUUGAUGUAUUUUUUUUGUGUGUAAAUCAGUGUCUUAGCUUGCCCUUAGCAACUGAAUUUUCUAAAUAUGUGACAUGCAAAUAGCUUCCUGUUAACAAUGAUCUGUUAAACAAUCUCAUCUCCCUAAAAUCUCCUUACAGUGUAAGGUUUCCCCCUCCCCCCCAAAAAAUAUAUAAAACAAGUUACAGCAUUUUUCUGUAUAGUACUACAGGUUAACAAAUGUUAAUAAUUUCGCCAUCUAUUGGAAGAGGUUCAGAAAUGUUUAGCUUAAUUAGCAGGAAAAAUUUUUUUGAUUUUUUUUUCUUUUUCUUUUCAAAACGAACAAAUCUCUCUUUUUGGUUUAAAUGAUUUAAAAAAAAUUAUAAUAAACUCUCUGGGUACUUUGUAGUCUCUGACAGUGUGUAACUGCAACCUGCUACUAUCUUUUGGUGCUACUUGAAUCUGUAAUGCAUUUCAUGUUUGAUGGUAGUUUAAUGUUAAUGUAGUUAAUACGGGCUAAUUUUGAGAUCCUUAAAAUUAUUGCAUGCUGCAUGUACUUUAUAGUGAGUACACAACAAAUGCUCGCAUGGCAUUCAGUGCAAUAUGUGUCUCCUGGUACAGUACAUCCUACAAGCCUAAGACUUUCUGUAAAGUUUGCAGUGGUUCUAAUCUAUGUUCAUUUUAAUAUUACUGCUCACUAUAUAUUGUGAUUAUAAAUUGGUUCUUUCUUAACUAGUGGUGUAGCACCUGAAAUUCCCUAAUUAUCCAGUGGUAAGAUCGGUUGAUUCUGCUUUAUUUGAUCCUGUCCAGAUCCAGUUUAAAACAACUGGAAGAUAUGCCGACGACCAGCAAAAAAAAAAAAAAAAAUCCAGUUUUGUAUAUUUAUAUGCAAUAGUGAUGUUCUUCUUCCUCCAUUUCUUCACAUAUGUGAGGAUCAUUGGUUUUUGGUCUGUUCUGGUUUGUAAAAAUACUUUUAUAUCUAUUUUUUGUAAUGUUGUUAUACUUGUUGGCCAGCCCAGUCAAUGCUUUGUAAUAAAUCAUCAUGUGUUGGCUCUAA